GGGCGUCGGCGAUGGAAGCACGCGGGCGGCGGGAGGGGGUGACGAAGCUCACGUAGCUUUUCGUAAGCUCAAGCACCACACAAUAUACAAGUGCCGCCAUCUAGGCAGCUAGCGGUAAAGCGUGAUCGAUCGGGUAGAACCACGCUUUGGGUAGUCGCGGUAAUUAGUUACUGACAAACUCCAAAGGUGGCGCCAUCCCAAUAAUUCAUUAGCAUCCCAUUACUAAAUCCGCGUGACCAAUGCUAUCUUUGCCUCAUUUGCCUGUCAAAAAGACGAAACAAACGAAAGUCUGUUUCUCGGAUUUGUAAACAAACCUCCGUAUCACAAUAUCUUUUGAUGCCGUGGUUAAUAGUACUGUAUUAAAACCUAUUAGAUGGUAACUAUGGACGAGUUAAAGUUAGAAAUUGUAGCGGACUCGUGCUGUGUGUGUGGAAAUGUUAGCGACUUGCAGUCGCCAGAAGAAUAUGACACGGAAGCUCCACCGGGACAAACGCCGCUGAGGAUGAUGCUACUACAUCUUAACAACAACAAGGUAGUACCUGAAGGUCGACUGUGCUCAAGCUGUAUCCAACGUACACUAGAAGCUUAUGAAUUCAGUACUGCACUCUCCUCAAGUGGAGUACCGCCUCUUAGUGAGAAGAUCAGAUCACUCAGGAGAAAACUUCAUGAACUCACACAGAAAAUAGAUGUCUUCAUAGUAGUGGGAGGUUCUAGCUUAGCAUCUGGAGGAUGUUACAAUGAAGAAGACAUCAUCAUGGUUGACAAAGCAGCCUUGGCAGCUGCUGCUAAAGCUGAUGAUGAGGAGUUGGAAAGGGCCAGAAAUGCAAGAGGAGAUACUGUAUAUCAGUGUACAGUUUGUCCAGCUUCAUUUCAACGUGUGAGCGAGUACCGCACUCACGUGGAGUCUCACGGCAGGGCAGCGUCACACGCGUGCUGGACGUGCGGGGCACAGUUCGCGACGCGCACCGCUCUUCACGAUCAUCUGGCUUCUCACGCCGAUACCACUGACAACACUUGCUAUGUCUGCGGGACUACAUUCCAGCGGCAGUCGGAGCUGCGUCGGCACGAGGCGGCGUGCGCGUGCCGGUGCCCGUCGUGCGGCGCCGAGCUGGCGGACCGCGCGGCGCUGUCGGCGCACGCGGCGGCGGCGCACGGCGUGACGUCACGCGGCCGCCCGCUGUGCCCGUGCUGCUUCCGCUCCUUCCCGGACGGGGAGCUGCUGGCCGCGCACCUGCUGCGGCACCGGCAGGCCAAGCAGUUCGUCUGCGGAUACGACUCGUGCAUCCUUCGGUUUGCGGCCAGGAGCAGCCUGCUGGCGCACGUCCGCAAGUGCCACGGCGCCGAGCUGCCGGCCGAGCCCGCGCCGCCCCGCCCGCCCGGCGCCGCGUGCCGCCACUGCAGCCGCACGUUCGGUUCCGUGGCGGCCAUGAAACGUCACGCGCGCGUGCACCGCGACGACCGCGCCUCCCCGGACCUGAAGGACGAGUUGGGUGCCGAGUCCCAGGAGGAGGGCGACGAAGGCGAGGUGGAGUACCUCGAAGUGGAGACCCUGGAGGACGGAGAGGUCGACGAGAGUGUGCAGUGACACCAGGCUCCAGGCGGACACUUCAGAAGGUGCGCACUGCUCUUGGCCUACAGUUCUCAAUCAAUGAAACUGAUUGCUGUAAAUUGUUGAAUGAAUAUAAUAAAAAUAAAUGCAACAACAGUAACAA